AUGUUUUGGCUAGUUCUACUAUACAUCAUCCCCAUUUGUCUAGCAAAUACCGAAACUUACCUACUUAAAAUCCCUCAGUACUAUGACAUUCCAUUACAUUCAGAACCGAUUCGUCAAAUAGAUCAAAUUGAACGAACCUGGCGUCAUAUAAAUUCCAGUCUAUCGGUAUUACUUGACUAUCCAAUUGCAUCAAUCAACGACGAGCUAGUCUCCAAUUUGAAUCAAUCCAAUGUGGUAUCAUUACCCUACGAUAGCGUUGCCCAAUUAUCAAAGACUGUCUUGGUCCGAUUAAACAAUUACAAUGAUACAUUAUUAAACAAUGAAGAUUUAUUGAAUGUCAAGUUAUGUUGGCCAGCCACGCUGCCUUUUGAAUUUAGAAUAUCUCAUGAGUACAUCAAGACGAGGGAGUUACUAAAUGAUGAAGGUUUAUCAAAUUCAAAUCAAUUGGAUUUAUAUCUUCGGAUCGAUUAUCAAUUUUUUGGAGUAACUUAUAAUGAUGAAAAAUUUUUGAAGUCACAAGAUGAGGUCAAGUUUCAAUUGUUUGUUAAUAAACUUCCGUUAAAGUUGAUCCCGAUACCAUUGGAAUUAUAUGAUUUUGUUGUAUACUUGGUUGAUUUGCUCAUCUUGGUGCUUACCCAAUUGAAAUCCCUCACUAGGAUCUUAGUAUAA